UAUUAUAGUAGUGAUCCAACCAAACGUGCUUGUGUUAUCUCAUCACAUAAAUAAAGUAAUUUUUUUGGAUUGCACCACAUAAGUCAAUCACACAUCGAAUCAGACACACUUCAGUAAUAUUUUGGUAAUUCGACCGAACGCUUUAACGAUGGCAGUGAACGUACCGUCAUGGGUAAACAAAGAAUUCUUCACAACUGUAAUCCGACAUCAUACGGCCGACGAUAAGGCGGAAGUGUCGAAUUUCGAUGUCAAAACAAAUGCAAAGCCUGGCGAAAAUUUUGUGUCUUUGAUUCUUCGUGCUGAAAUCAAUUACACAACGUCGAUACAAGGUGCUGGCUCGUUAUCAGUUGUGAUAAAAUUACCGCCAACAUCUGGCAUUGAGAGUGAAUUUUGUGAAACGUCACCAAUUUAUGUUACCGAGCAAGAUAUGUAUGAUGGACCACUGCACGACAUCGACAAUCUACUGGCUUCCGUUGGUGAUUCUGCGAAAACUCAUCCGAAACUCAUAUAUCAACAGACAGAACCGCAUCGGGCUAUUGUCAUGGAAGAUCUUGGAGCUCAAGGCUAUGUGAGAAUCACUCAACCAUUGCCCAAUUAUGAAGACUCGAAGCGUGUGUUUCAAAGGCUAGCCAAAUAUCAUGCAGCCGGAUUCUUCCUGAUCAAACAGAAAUCAGCUGAUUUGAGUCGAUUCAAAGCGUCAAUGUUCCAUAUGGAAGAUUCGAUGAUACGAGAAACAUUUUUAAAUGAGCCAUUCGUCGUACUGUGUGAUGUGCUAACGUCUUGGGGUGGAAUGGAUGAAUACGUGGAGAGACUGAGACGUUUUCGUGAAAAGUUCAUUGCAAUGGGACAACGGCUCUACGAACCGGAUCCGAACGGGUAUAAUGUUUUGAACCAUGGCGAUUUUCACAUCAAGAAUCUGCUGUUCAAAUUAAACGGCGAGACCAUCGAGGAUUUCUUUUUCUUGGAUUAUCAGGUGUCCGUUGUGGCGAGUCCAUGUGUCGAUCUUUUCUACGCUCUGUACAACAUGAUAUCGGAUGAAAACCGCAGAGCUCGUCGCAGCGAGAUCAUUCACGAUUACUAUGUCGAAUUUUCAAAUACCUUGAAGAGCCUCCAAUUUACUGGAAACAUUCCAUCAUUGCACGAUCUUCAAAUGGAACUUUUGAGGCAUGGUCAGAUGGAAGUGGUGAAGUGCGUCUGUUUCCAAAUAUUCUUUUUGUUGGAUACGGCUAAGCUUAGUGAAUACUUAACAACUGGUGAUUCGAAAGCGCUGAAGGCUAAACUAUUUAAUGAACCCCGAUUCAAAGAUUUUAUCAAUGCUGAACUUCCUCGCCUGGUUCACUUGGGACUAUUGUAAUUGACAUUUAUGAACAUAGAAGUAAAUAAAUUUGAUUUUUUGUUGGUGGAUUU